AAAGUAAUAGUGAAAGAUAGAUGUGAGAACUCGGUAGAUUUGUCGCACAGUUUUUCUCGAGCAAUUGUAAACCACCGCGUAUGUGAAUCUUGGUUGUCUGUGUAAUUACUAUGUUUGAUGGUGUUUGAUUCAAUACCAAUAAGCAUAUGAAUCAAGCGAUGACAGAAACGAUGACGGAGACCCGGCAGCAGGGCAACGCUGCCGUGAAGCAGCUGAGCACGGCGCGGGAAGCAGACUGGCCUGCCGUUUUGUUCUUCAUCCACGUGCAACUCCUGUCGUUAUUUGGACUGUGGAUAUUGUUUACCGAGGCCAAACUGGCAACUUUAUUGCUGUUGGUAACGUUGACGUCAUUAGCCACUCUGGGCGUCACAACAGGAGCACACAGGCUGUGGGCACACUCUACGUAUAAGGCUAGCGCCGAACUACGCGUCUUUCUAAUGCUGUUGCAAACUCUUGUUGGUCAGGGUUCCAUAUACGACUGGGUCCAAAACCACAGGCUGCAUCAUGCAUAUUAUAUGACGGAUAAUGACCCGUAUGACCACAGAAGAGGAUUUGUCUACUCACACUUCCUCACCAGGCUGCGGAAGUUGAGCGAGCAGCAAGUGGCUCUCAAGAAUUCUAUCGAUAUGUCAGAUUUGGAGAAGGAUUCUGUUGUGAUGUUUCAAAAGAGGUUCUACUGGGUUCUGUACGCGGUGCUGUUCAUUCUGCUACCACUGAAUGCCCCUCUAGAGUACUGGGACGACACCAUUAUGAGCUCAAUAUUUGUGAUUGGGUUCUUAAGGUACUGCAUAGUGCUGCACGCUUCGUGGUUGGUCGAAAGCGGAGCCGUUGUAUGGGGCCUUAGGGAAGGAGAGAAAUACCCACCAGAUUCAAAUUCAGUAUUUCUGCUGAACAGAACAUUCUGGCCUCACUACCACUACAUAUUCCCAGGGGAUUAUAAAUCUGGUGAAUAUGGCACAUACGGUACCGGCUGCUCAACGGCAUUCAUUCGUAUAUACGCAGCCAUGGGUGUGGCCACCAACUUAGUAACGCUGGAACCUCGAACUGUUCAGUUGGCCAUGGCGGAGGCGGCAAGAACUAACAAACCCAUAUCUAAAUGUAUCGAAGAACAACUCGUCAACCAAAGAGUUGAUGAAGAUCAUUACCUAAAGCCAAAGUAGAUGAUUGAAUUUGUGUAGCUAAUAUAAUGUAGUUAUUAAAAUAAAAAUAAACAAUAUUAAGGCA